AAGCGACCGCCAUCACCGUCAUAACAACAACCAGCCGCCGCCGUCGUGGGCUUGUUCUUUAUAACCUUCACACAAACCACCCUCUAUAAACGUAUUACAGGGAAGGCAGGAGAAAGAUUUAUUUGGUUCAUGCUAACGUCCAGUGUCUGAUAUCCUUCGAAAUCGCACGAAAUCUUAAGGCACACUAUACGUUAUAAAGAGGAAAAAUAUCUAACUUGCAGAGAAUAUUACACCUGCACUAUGUUAAGCAGAAGUUUAAAUUUGAGAAGAUGGCUUCAAGGAAGUAUUCAGCAUUUAUCGCCUGUGGGACUUGGUAAUGUGUCUACGUUAGUGCGGGAGGGGACUCAUCACAGUAGUGCUCGACUGGUUCCUUGUCAGCUAUGUGGAUAUACCCAGCCAUCUCUGUUGCACAUUGCAUCAACUUUACACAAGAAAAGAAAAGGAAGAGAUGGAAAGAAUGCUGUUCAUGUGAAUCCUAAGGGCAUGAAGCAAAAAGCUCCUGUCAUCAGUGUUUGGAAGAACAUGACUGUCCAAGAGCUUGCUGAUGCAAUGGGAAAAGAUCUAGAUACAUUAUAUGAAAUAUUUAUUUAUGUGAAGGAUAGUGAAGAAUAUGACAGCCCUACAGUAGCAAUAGACAAUCUGAAGGUCAUACAAGAUGCUGUUAAAAAAGCUGGUCUGCGUUUCAAAAUUGAUAGUGCUCCAGACAAGAAAGAAAAGUCAAGGGAAGUCAAAGAUGCCUUCAGAAGGCCUCCGCCACUUGAGAGUGAACUUAUUCGUAGACCUCCUGUCGUAACCAUAAUGGGACAUGUUGAUCAUGGCAAGACAACUCUGCUUGAUGCCCUGAGACAUUCUGCCAUUGUCGACACCGAGUUUGGUGGAAUCACACAGCAUAUUGGAGCAUUUUCAGUAAAACUUGAUUCGGGCGAAGAGGUAACCUUCCUCGACACUCCUGGGCAUGCUGCCUUCAGGGAGAUGCGUGCGCGGGGAGCAUCGGUGACUGAUGUGGUGGUGUUGGUGGUGGCUGCUGAUGAUGGGGUCAUGGAACAAACGAAGGAAUCCAUUCAACAUGCUGUAGAAGCCAAUGUAACAAUUGUUGUGGCCAUCAACAAAAUUGACGCACCUGGAGCUGAUGUCGUGCGGACUCGAGAAAUGUUGCUUCAGAAUGGGUUACAGCUGGAAGAAGAUGGGGGAGAAAUCCAGGCUGUAGCAAUUUCUGCUCUCAAAGGCCAGAACCUAAAUUUACUUGUGGAAGCAAUAGCUACUCAAGCAGAGCUUCUAAAUUUGCGAGCUGACUCUCGUGGGCUGGUAGAAGCUGUCGUUGUGGAGUCACGAAUUGAUCCAGGAAGAGGAAAGGUAGCCACAUGUGUGAUCCAAAGAGGAACAUUAAGAAAAGGAGCAGUGUUAGUUGCUGGCACUGCGUGGUGCAAAGUGCGGAAUAUGUUUGAUGAUGCAGGGCAGCCAGUGAAAGCUGCUCCACCAGCCACACCCAUUCAGGUGAUUGGAUGGAGAGAACUACCAUCUGCAGGUGACACAGUGCUGGAAGUGGAGUCUGAGCGACGGGCCUCAGAAGUGGUAGAGUGGAGAAUGAGAGAAAAAGUUAAGGAGAAGCAGCAAGAGGGACAAGCAGCAAUCCAAGAGAAACUGAAUGAGCACCUCAAAGUGUACAAGACUCAGUUAGAAGAGAAGAGAAGGUUGGGCAUCAGGUAUAGGCGCCGUCAACGGGAGCCUCGUCAGAAGGAAAACAGAGAUGAUGAUUCCGGGCCUCAAGUGUCUCUGGUGCUGAAGGGGGAUGUUGACGGUACAUUGGAAGCCAUCCUUAAUGUGUUGGACACCUACCAUAGUCAAGAGUGUCAACUUGAAGUUAUCAGCUAUGGGGUUGGCACAGUCACACCCAGUGAUGUGACAUUGGCUGCUGCAUUCAAUGGAUUUAUAUACACAUUUAAUACUGAAGUACCAGCUGACGUGCGAAAAAUGGCUGCGGAGCAAGGGGUGACGAUCAAGGAGAACAAUGUGAUAUAUCAUCUUGUAGAAGAUCUGAAGAAUGAAAUAUCAAAGAUUUUACCAUGUAAAGAUGUAGAGGAAAUUUUAGGAGAGGCCAAUGUAAUUGAAGAGUUCAUAAUAACAGAAGGCAAAAAGAAGGUCCCCGUUGCUGGUUGUCGGUGUGUCAAAGGUGUGCUCAAGAAAGACGCACUUUAUCGGGUUAUACGAGGACAAGAUGUUAUUCACGAGGGAAUGCUCACAUCAAUGCGCCAUGUUAAGUCAGAAGUGGCCUCUAUUGGUAAGAGCAAGGAAUGUGGUUUAAAGUUUGCCGAUGAAUCAUUACACUUUGCACCUGGUGACACGUUGAUUUGUUACAAGGUAAACCAGGUGCAGCAGGUCACAGACUGGGAUCCAGGCUUCUAGGAGAGCUGUGGAGUGCCAGAAGUAAAUUUAGCUCAGUGUUUUAUUACUGAUAUCUGUUAAUGUAUUUGUACAGGUAAUAAAUAAAGAUUAAAAAUUUA